AUGCCCGCAACCUCGCUUCGCUCAGGGUACUCUGGCAGACUGACGUCUGGUGGCCCGCCCGCUCUCCCCCGACCACAAUGCCGCCGACCGCGAAGCUGUGCGCCGCCAUGCUGUCUCUUCUCAAAGAGUUUCAGAAGCAUGCGCCCAACCAGUCUCUUUGGGACCUCUGGGCUAACGCCCCCCGGUCAGCAGCCAGGUUUCCUCACCGCCGCCAUCCUUGCUGUCCCUAACGGCAGAGGCCGUUUCCACGGCGAUGUUGUUUACCAGGCUCUUCGUGACCUGAAGACCCAUUUCGGCGUCCUUAUCCCCCCGCCCCCGCCUCCGCCCGCCCCAGUCCCGGUCCCAGUCCCAGCCCCAGCCACAGUCCCAGCCACAGUCCCAGUCCCGGUCCAGGACCAAGUCGUCCGGGAAGUUCCCGCUGCCCCUGCCACCGCCAAGCACCGCCUCCGCCGUCUCGCGGCCCUCGAGGCCAAGUUUCGGGAGCAGUGCCGCGAGGACGAGAGGAAGAAGAAGGAGGAGAGCAAGAAGCGUGCCCGCGAGGCCAGAACCGCCAAGUUACUUGUGCGUCCAUCCAAGAAGGCCAAGAUGGCAAAGACGCUGGCCAAGGCCAUGGUGGAAGCAUUCUCGGACACGGUCGAGGACGACUUUGCCGGGGACAUUCCUGCCCAACGGCUCGAAGCCAUGCAAAGGAGCCUGCGGGCCAUGAACGAGAAGAAGCUCAAGGAGCUGUUGUGA